AUGAACAACAAUAGAGUAUGCCAUUUUACAAACUUAUGUAGAACAUGCAAGAUGAAGGUUUACGUUCAUAUGUACCCAAGACAAAUCCAAAGCAAAUACAUUUUUAGAAGUUAUACACAAUUAUCAAGACUGAGUUUUACCAACAUCGACCGGGAGCUGCUGCCUAUCCCUUAUUACAAGCCAUCUGAUAUUUUGGGAACGGAUGUCAGCAAGCAUUCCAUGGAGCGAAUAAUGAUACCACAGUUCACUGAAGCACCUAUGGGUGACCAGGAAUCUUCUAUUGUUGACAUUAAAAAUUUCCCAACAUGGUACGAAAGACUGGAUAGCAUAUCCAGCUACAGACUACAUAAAGAUAUUGCCUUAGAAGGACAAGAAAAGAAAAUUUAUAGCAGUUUCUCCAAGUGUUAUUCACGUGUAUUGUCAUAUUAUGCUGAUCACUUCAUUUCUUUAACUCGAGAGAGGCUCCAUGAUUUGAUGUCGAAACUUGACAAUUCAGACAAGCCUGAUCACGUUCAGAAACUAUACAUAAAAAUUGAUUUGUCUGAGAAAAGGCUAAGUACCAUAUCGAGAAACACUUAUGUCAUUUACCAAAGACUUAAAGUUGAAAGGGAAACCCUUCCGUUUUACCUACAUCAGCAAUUUCUAAUUCAUUUGAACGAGGGGAACAUUGCCAAGUUAUUAAAUGUCUAUUUUGAAUUUCCACAUCCAAGACCACUUUAUCUGAAAAGGGAAGAGUUUGAAAAAUUUAUGAAACUACUUCUAAAGAUCAAAAUUUCAGGUGACCACAAACCUUUACUCAAAAAAAUAGUUGAGGUUUUUGCAGACAUCAGAGAAAACGGGGGCCCCAUCUCCCUAACACCAUUUGAAGACACUAAAUAUUUUUCUCUAAUGCUGAAUUCAUGGGAAUCUGAAGGAAUGUCGAAAUCUGAGAUCUAUGAAAAAGUUCUAGAAAUCAGAGCAGUGAAAGGACCUAAACCGCUCAAGUUUGUCCCAGCAAUGUGGAAUUGCUUUCUCACACAUGUGCCUGAGAAAUCUGAAGAGAUAUUGAAACUUAUGGCAAAAGAAAUAGGACUCACCAGGUUUACUGCUGAGAUUGUUUUAAAUAAUGCCGAUUCAUUCGAUAGGUUAUGCAAUACACUUGAGUUGAUGAAGCUAAAGAACUUUCAUAUGGAUGAAAAAAUAUUUGCCUUAGUGGUACGAAAAUAUAUACAAUUUGGAAAAACACACGAAGCCUUAGAAUUGGUAGAGAAGCUACUGGAUUCGUUUCAGGACUUAACUUCUAGAAAUUAUUCUUUUAGGCCUUUGAGUUUAGAAAGGACAGAAGUGUUCAAGUUGGAUAUCUUAAACAAGGCUUUCCAACAAUUGCAUAAUGAGCAACAAGAAAUGGAACAUCAAUGGCUACAGUAUAAAUUCAUACCAUCUCCAUUUGCUUUGGGAGAGUUACUUGUUUCGCUAGAUAGGGAAGGCAUAAUUAGGUUACUGAAUACAAUGAUAAAGCACAAUAUACCCCUUACACAUAAGCACGCUUUGAACGUGAUUGAAAAAAUAGAGCCAUCUUUAUUGCAUCUAGUAUUAGAGUCAGUCAAUAGAUCCAGAGAUUUCAACAUAAACCUAAAGAAGAUAUCUGAGGAGCCGAAAUAUAACACAGCUUUCUACAAGAAUUAUACUCUUCAACAUCAGGAUAUAGUACUUGAGUUAAGGGAAAUUUUCAGAAAGAGUCUAUUUCUUUAUGAUCAAAUGGUGGAUCACGUCGUUCCUGAAAAGUCUAGGCUGAAAACCGUAGAACAGUUAGUAUCAAUUACUGACUAUGUUAAAAAAAAUUACAACGUCACAUUUUCUGGUAAAGAUGAUAUCGACUACUUGAAUAGUUGA